AUGGCCGCCUACAGACCCGGGGUGCUCAUCGGCAACUGGAACGAGGACGCCUGUUUGGAGGAGGAUCGCUUGAGGGAUUUUAUGCAUAAAAGAGAACGAGGAGAACUUUUAAUACAGAAAAUAAACAAACUUCAAGAUAAUCUUUUGAAGAAGGUACAGCUGUCAGUAUCUAAGGAUGGAUUUGUUCAUUUUGGAGACACUGUGAUGCUUUUGAACCCAGACAACAAAUCCUCAGAGAAGAAUUGCCCUGGAGCGUGCAUCAGUCUGACUUUGGCGAUUAAUCUGGAUGAAAUGUCCAUAUAUUCGGCUAAAUCAUUGCAAGCCCCUUGUGGAGUUAGUGCAGCUGAAAGCGUGGACCCUGUGGGUCAAAACACUUUUUGUAUUUUAAGUGUUGAUGGAGGUGCAGGGAGUGAACCAAUUAGAUUUGGGCAAAACUUUGUUCUUGGGACAACAGGAGGGUUUUCUGACCAAAUGUUAUAUCUAGCAAGUGACCAUAAAUCAUUUACAAGAUUUGCUAAAAAAUCUUACCUUCAGCAAGUAUUUUUGACAGAUGAGCUUUCCUAUUUGACUUGCUGGCAAGCUACCUUCUUGGAUCCACAACUGCGUCUCGAAUAUGAAGGAUUUCCAGUUCCUGCAAACUCUAAAAUUAUUAUUACUCAUUGCCGUACUAAUCGGAGCUUAGCUGUUCCAAGGAACUUUUGGACAAGGUCUUAUUUUGGAAAAGAGUAUGAAGUAAUUUGUCACACUUAUCUGGACUCCCAUAAAGCUGAAGAAGAUAAGAAUUACUGGGUAAUAGUUACAGGAAAUCCCAGUGAUGAGGGUGGUACAAUGACUGAUAGACCCAACCCUCACCCAGGGGGGAUCAGAAAGAAUGAGUUUUGUGAAGAGACAUAGAAUAUAAAAUUCCCAGACUACAGCUGA